CCGGGCUCUGAGCGGACGGCGGGCGGCACUAGAGGGAGCUGCUCGCGCCGCCGUGGCCGCCGCGCUGGCCCCCACGCUCGCGGCCCCUGGCGCCGCCCCCGCAGCCCGCGCCGCCGCGAUGGCGGAGGACAGCGAGUCUGCAGCCAGCCAGCAGAGCCUGGAGCUGGACGACCAGGACACUUGCGGGAUAGACGGGGACAAUGAGGAGGAGACCGAGCACGCCAAAGGAAGUUCCAGAGGGGACUUGGGGGCCAAAAAGAAAAAGAAGAAACAGAAGAGAAAAAAGGAGAAACCAAAUUCCGGAGGCACCAAGUCAGACUCUGCAUCUGAUUCCCAGGAGAUUAAGAUUCAACAGCCUUCAAAAAACCCUGCCAUCCCAGUGCAGAAGUUGCAGGACAUCCAGAGAGCAAUGGAGCUGUUGUCGGCGUGCCAGGGCCCCACCAGGAGCAUCGGUGAGGCUGCCAAACACAGAUACCAGUUUUGGGACACGCAGCCGGUACCCAAACUAAAUGAAGUGAUAACAUCUCAUGGUGCAAUCGAAGCAGAUAAAGACAAUGUGCGUCAAGAACCGUACUCCUUGCCACAGGGCUUUAUGUGGGACACUUUAGAUUUGGGUAAUGCUGAAGUGCUCAAGGAGUUGUACACCUUGUUAAAUGAGAAUUACGUGGAGGACGAUGACAACAUGUUCCGGUUUGACUAUUCGCCCGAGUUCCUGCUGUGGGCUCUGCGUCCCCCUGGCUGGCUUCUUCAGUGGCACUGUGGAGUCAGAGUGUCUUCGAACAAAAAGCUGGUAGGGUUCAUAAGUGCCAUCCCCGCAAACAUUCGGAUUUAUGACAGUGUGAAGAAGAUGGUCGAAAUCAACUUUCUUUGUGUCCAUAAAAAAUUGAGAUCAAAACGGGUAGCCCCAGUGUUAAUUCGAGAAAUAACUCGGAGGGUGAAUCUGGAAGGGAUUUUCCAGGCCGUUUAUACUGCUGGUGUGGUUCUCCCGAAGCCAGUGGCCACUUGCAGAUACUGGCAUCGAUCACUAAACCCCAGAAAAUUGGUAGAAGUGAAAUUUUCUCACUUGAGUAGAAAUAUGACUUUACAGAGAACAAUGAAGCUGUACAGACUUCCAGAUGUGACAAAGACUUCAGGCUUGAGACCAAUGGAACCGAGAGAUGUCAAAGCAAUUCGAGAAUUAACCAACAGUUACCUGAAGCAGUUUCACCUCGCCCCGGUGAUGGAUGAAGAGGAAGUAGCCCACUGGUUCCUCCCCCAGGAGCACAUUAUUGACACGUUUGUAGUGGAGAACUCCAGUGGUAAACUUACUGACUUCCUGAGCUUCUACACACUCCCCUCCACAGUCAUGCACCACCCUGCUCAUAAGAGCCUCAAGGCUGCCUACUCCUUCUACAACAUUCACACAGAGACGCCCCUGUUAGACCUCAUGAAUGAUGCGCUCAUUAUAGCUAAAUUGAAAGGAUUUGAUGUUUUCAAUGCACUAGAUUUGAUGGAAAAUAAGACAUUCUUGGAAAAACUCAAGUUUGGAAUAGGAGAUGGCAAUUUACAGUAUUACUUGUACAAUUGGAGGUGUCCAGGAACAGAUUCUGAAAAGGUUGGACUUGUAUUACAAUAGAUGGAUGUUUCCAUUCCUAGAACUCUGAUAUCAUCCAUCAUUUGUUAAUAUUCUAUUUAAUGAUUCCUGGAACUGUCAUUCCAAAGAAUAAAAGCACAACCUAAGUGAAAUCGAUGCAGUCAGUAAUAAUUGGAAAAGAUGAAAAACAUCCAUAUGUGACCAAUACUACAUAUGUCUAGCUAGAAUGUUAACAUUCUUCCUUUUUUUCACUGUUGACCCAUUUGAAGGAGGGAUGAAAGGGUACAAAGAGCACAUUCCUCUAAUUUUCAAACUUUUGACCAUCUCUUGAAGGUAUUUUUCCAUUCUCUAGAAAGGGACUUUUUUUUAUGGACGGAACUGAAGUCAGAGUGGGUAAGAAAAUCUUUGCUAAUGUGUGGAGAUGAACUGCUGCAUUUCUGUUUAUCAAGUGAUGGUCUUUUUGUCCGUGUAACAGAAUAAAGGAUCCAGUUGGGAAAUUUUUCCUCCUAUCACCUUCCAUGCUAUCAUUGGAAACAUUUCUGGAAUCAGCACUUCCACAACUCAAUGAUGAGUGGUGGGUGUUUGUGUGUAGAACAAGAUAAAAAUGUACGGGUGACUAGUACAUUUAUUUCUCCAGAAGCAAAGUUGCCAAAUCAAUAAACAACACAAGUUUUUUUUUUUAA